UUUUUUGCAUUGUUUGUAGGUUAUCCAGGCAACCUAAAUUGCAAGCAUUUGGUGGAUUUAUCACCUUUGUUAAGUUUCCUGCUCAAUAACGUCGGUGAUCCGUUUAAAGAAAGCAACUUCGGUUUGCAUUCGAAAAAAUUCGAGGUGGCGGUUUUAGAUUGGUUCGCGGAGUUAUGGGAGAUUGAAAACGAUGAAUAUUGGGGAUACGUCACUAAUGGUGGAACCGAAGGCAAUCUCCAUGGAAUGUUGUUGGGGAGAGAUUUAUUACCGGAUGGGAUAUUGUACACAUCGAAAGAAUCACACUACUCGAUAUUCAAAGGAGCAAGAAUUUACAGAAUUGAGUCUCAGAUAAUAAACACUUUAGUUACUGGGGAGAUAGAUUACACUGACCUACAAGAAAAACUCUUUCUCAACAAGGAUAAACCUGCCAUCAUUAAUCUUAAUAUAGGGACAACUUUCAAGGGAGGUGUGGACAAUCUUGAUCUUGUCAUUAAAACGUUACGGGAAUGUGGCUUCUCACACGACCGGUUUUACAUACAUUGCGAUGCAGCGUUAUCUGGCCUCGUCUCUCCUUUUCUUGAAAACGGGCCACUGUUUAGUUUCAAGAAGCCAAUCGGGAGCGUCAGUGUCUCGGCCCACAAACUAUUGGGCUCGUCAAUACCAUGUGGCGUGUUCAUUUCAAGGAAAAUGCACAUGACCGAUUUCUCGACAAACAUCGAAUACAUUGCCACUCAGGACACUACAAUAUCCGGUAGUCGAAAUGGUCACACGCCAAUCUUUAUAUGGUAUGGUCUAAACAUGAAAGGUCGCAUUGGAUUUCAGAAAGAAGUCAAAAGUUGUUUGACCAAUGCUAGGUACUUAAGAGACGGGCUUAAAGAAGCAGGAAUUAGCGCUAUGCUUAAUGAGUCGAGCAUAGUGGUAGUUUUCGAGCGUCCGUUAGAUCGUGAGUUUGUUGAUUUCUGGCAACUUUCGUUUCUAGACAACAUGGCGCAUGUUGUCUUAAUGCCUCACGUGACGGUUAAAAUGUUGGAUGAUUUUUUAAGUGAUCUUGUUCAAAAAAGAGAGAUUUGGUAUGGAUCGGGAGAAGUUCGGCCCGUUUGUUUGGCCGAGGAAAUCGGGGUUUCUAAUUGUGCUUGCUCGAUUCAUGGGAACUAA